GCACUUCGUCAUUCCAUUAAAUUCAGGCCUCAAUAUUAAUAGAAUUAUCUCAAUAUUUAGCCUCAAACCAUUAGCAUAGAAAAUUCAUUCUCGUAUCUGGCACACUUCGAAUUUGCGAGUAUAUAAACUGGUCCCCCAGCGGUUGGGCUACCCCAGAAGUGGACUCCAAAUAUUCGUGAACUCAGUUAUCAGUGCGUGUCUCGACUGAACAAGCCCGCAGAAUCCGACGAUGUUCCGAGGCACGAUCUUUUUGCUGGCAUUCUCGGUGGUCCUGACCAGUGCAACGGCCUCGCCCGAAAUAGUCAACGGAUUUAAAUACCAGUGCCAGGCUCGAGGUCCUUACGUAGGAGCUUGCUCCGCUCUUGAUAACGUCGUCAACGGUGGAUUCGCAUGCAACAACCUCGUGUGCGCCAAAUAUAUCUCAGAAAACGUUUAUGAAGGCGUUCCCACUGGUCCUGCUUUGGACUACACCGAAUGCGGAAUAAACAAACUUUGCAAACGAGGCUCGUGUAAACGCGUCGGACGGAACAAAGUUCCAUUCCAACUAGGACCUGGUCUUGAAUACAUUUGUAAGUCACCUGUGCAACCAGCGCCCGUUAAACGACCCAAAGUCCAGAAGCGAAUUCCGGAGAAAAUGGUUCAAUCAAAAAAAAACCUGCCAAGCCCUGGAGCCUAGAAAAGUCAAUGGUGGAAUCGACUCGCCGAAAAUGUAUUCUGAAAUUCCUUCGAGUUUCUCAUUAACUCUAUUUUCAUAUAAAAGAAGCAUUAAAUUGCUCACGCCGGUGUUCAGUGUAAAUAUUAAUAAAUAAAAUAUCGAAAUGUAAUAAAUUGAGGUGGGGAUAAAACGUUA